GUCUGAUGAGAUUAAUCCCAUAUUCCAUCUGGCUCAAGCUCGUCAGCAACUUCAUGAAUCUCUUAUCUGCUGACUGAAGCCUGAAGAACUUGAAAGAUUCUACUCCACCAAUCUUCAGUUCGGGAGCUUGCUGAGUUUUCUUCAUCUGUUGAUUUUUAACUCAAGGGGAUUUUAUUCUUCGUCUUCAAGUUCUUAAGAAAAAAUGUCAGGAGGACCUGUGGUUGGUUUGCACGUAAAUGAUAUGAAGUCUAGCGGUGAAGAUCUUCAGACUGCUAUUGUGCCAUUGUUGAAACUUCUCUCCCUAACUGUCAUAGGACUGCUCCUUGCAAACCCUAAACUGCAACUCAUCCCCAGAGCGACAUUCAAACUCCUCAGUAAACUUGUAUUUGCUCUGUUCUUGCCAUGUCUAAUCUUUACUGAACUUGGUGAAAGCAUUACUCUGAAGAAUUUUUUGGAUUGGUGGUUUAUUCCUGUCAAUGUGCUUGUGAGCACUGCUCUUGGUUGCAUACUUGGGUUCUUGGUGGUGGUCAUAUGUCGCCCACCUCCUCGAUUUAACCGAUUUACCAUAAUAAUGACAGGAUUUGGAAACACAGGAAAUCUCCCUCUUGCUGUACUUGGUUCUGUCUGCCAUACUUCAAAUAAUCCAUUUGGAUCUAAUUGCCACUCAAGAAGUGUGGCCUAUGUCUCUUUUUCUCAAUGGGUUGCUGUAAUUCUAGUUUAUACUCUCGUUUAUCACAUGAUGGAGCCUCCUAUGGAGUAUUAUGAGCUUGUUGAUGAAGGGGCUGAAAUUGAGGAAGUACGCCCACUUAAUGAUAUCAGUAGGCCACUCCUUGUAGAAGCUGAGUGGCCUGGAAUUGAAGAUAAAGAGACUGAACAUUCCAAGACACCCUUUAUUGCCAGGAUCUUUAAGAGCAUUUCAGGAGUUUCCGCAGCCACUAUACCUGAUCUCGAAAUAACCCCAGAAAGCAGUGGGAACAGUCCUCGGUCCAUUAGGUGUUUAGCUGAGCCUAGAGUUGUUAGGAGGAUCAGAGUCGUUGCUGAACAAACUCCAAUUCAGCACAUACUUCAACCCCCAACAAUUGCCUCUCUAUUAGCUAUCAUCAUUGGCUCGGUGCCUCAACUGAAAGCAUUCGUCUUCGAUAAUGAUGCUCCCCUAUCUUUCUUCAAGGACAGUUUGGAAAUUUUAGGUGGUGCUAUGGUACCCUCUGUGAUGCUUAUUCUUGGGGGAAUGCUCGCUGAGGGCCCAAAUGAGUCUACACUUGGACUCAGAACUACAAUUGGUAUUAUUGUGGCUAGACUCCUUGUGCUUCCCAUUAUGGGAAUUGGAAUUGUGGCAUUGUCUGAUCAGCUGAAUUUCUUGGUUGCGAAUGAUGCCAUGUUUAGAUUUGUCCUUUUGUUACAAUACACUACACCAAGUGCCAUUUUACUGGGAGCAAUAGCCAGCUUGAGGGGUUAUGCAGUUAGUGAAGCUUCAGCAAUUCUCUUCUGGCAACAUGUGUUUGCCCUUUUCUCUCUUUCCUUGUAUAUCAUCGUCUACUUCAGAAUACUGCCCUUUAUUUGAUCUUGCCAUAUAUUUUACUACCUCUUGGCUGAGGAGGAUCAGUGAGCCCAUUAUUACAAUUGCAAUAUCCUAUGGAGUAUAAGGCUAAAUUAAGAUGAGUUGUUUCCUGCUCUGUGCUGCAAUGGUAGGUAUGAUGGAUGCAAAUGGUGAUUUCCCCCUUUGAUCUCCAGCUUCCAAGUUCAAUGAUGUUUUCCUUCUGAAAGAUGGUUUUGUCAAACAAUUGGCCGUAGUUUCUACUGUUUGCAGAGUAAUGGGUAUUGAAGCCUCUUGUUGGGGACUGUGUUUUCUAGGUUGUGCUUUGAAGUUGAUUUAGUAAUAAACUCCCCCUUUUAUGCUGUCUUCUUCGUCAUUAAAAGUGUAAAAUGAAUGCUUUAUAUUGUUUACAGGGAGUGUUUUGUGCCCAUAGCUAAAAUCUGUGUUGCGUGAUAAGAGUGGACCUACUAUAGUUCCUUCUCCUGAAAGGCACAAGCUAAAAACAGUCAAGUAUUGAGAUUCAGUGCAUGUUAUCUUUUCUUCUGCA